CCGGAGAAUAACCGCGCUGGUUUGCACAUGCGCACGCAUGCGCACUUCGUAGUUCAAAAAUAUGGCGGAUUGUGUUCAUCAGGCCUCUGUACAUCAAAUGAAAAUACGACAUGACAGAGAGCCUAAAAAGGAAGCCCAACACAUUAGCGUUGUUCUUUGAGGACAUAGAAUGGGCACUUGAGAAGAUCAACCAGGGGGUUGAAGUAUCAGAUGAUGAUGAUGUUGGCACCAUUGACCAGGGAGAUAAGUCUAACCAGGAGGCCGAAGUAUCAAGUGUGGAUGACGUUGUUACAACUGACCCGGGAAUUAAGUCCAACCAAGAGGCCGAAGUAUCAGAUGAAGAUGGCACCAUUGACCCCGGAGAUAAGUCCAACCAGGAGGCCGAAGUAUCAGAUGAAGAUGAAUUUGGCACUAUUGACCUUGGAAUUAAGUCCAACCAGGAGGCCGAAGUAUCAGAUGAAGAUGUUGGCACCAUUGACCUGGAAGAUAAGUCUUACAAGGAUGUCGAAGUAUCAGAUGAAGAUGUUGGCACCAUUGACCCGGGAGAUAAGUCCAACCAGGUGGCCGAAGUAUCAGAUGAAGAUGUUGGCACCAUUGACAAGGUUUUGGAUACCACAGAAGGUGAAAGACAGUGGGUCAUGGAUCACUUGGGGCAUACCAUGAAUGUUCACAGAAUUCAUUACCGGCAGACAUCUGAUGUGCUAGAGCGUGUUGAUGUUGCUAAAAUCCUUCUGAUACAGGAUCUCGGAUUGGUUUCAAAAUACAGAGGGAAAAGACUUCAAGACAUACAGAUUGAAGAUAUAUUCCAGGAUGACGAAGGGCAAGGAACAUCGUUGGCGAGGCCUGAGGCAGAAGCAUCACUUGAGAAACCAGAGCAAUCAAAUGUAACACACGAGGUUCUCACGCUUAUGGAGGCAAGCAGAAUGGAUGACAGUGACGAUGAAGUCCUUGAACUUAAUCAGGAGGAAAGUUCUGAUGAGGAAGAACUGAAUUGUAGGCCAAAAAGGAAAAAGCCUCAAAACAGUACUCGUCAGAAAUGGUCAAAUGAGGAAGUAGCAGAACUGCACAAUUUGUUUGAAGAAGAUUUCAGAACCAAUACUCUUCCAGGCCAGAAAAGGAUUGAGAAAGUAAUGAAGAAAAGUAAAGAUAAAGGUGGAGUGAUUUGGAAAAGAAAACGAGAUACAAUAAAAAAGAAGUUAAGUAAUAUGAUGAUUAAGAUGAGGAAAGAAAAUAAGUGAAAUGAUGAUUAUAAGGAGAGGAGACUAUAAAAUAAUAAUUAAUGAUUUGAUAAUUCAACUACUGACAUGAUUAAGGGGAGGGGGAUUAGUCACAUGAUUAUUAUGUAGAGGAGAGACUAGUAGUGACCUGAUAAUUCAGAGGGGAAAAAAUUAGUGACAGGAUGAUUAUAUGGAGGAGAGACAAUUAGUGACCUGAUAAUUAU